CUAUAAAUCAAUUGUUAAUAUCUUACUUGGGUGUGUCUUUCACUCAUCAUAACUUACUUCUUCUAGCUGGCAUAGCAGAGAAUGAACGGACAGAGACUCUUUGGACUAAACCACGUUUGACUAAUUGUGACAACAUCUUUGAAUUUGAAAUGAAUAUUUAUAAUUGAAGCUAUCUUCUCAAUACUCUUCUCUUCACAAAGGGGGUUUUCCCAUUUUCUUUGGUGGUUUUUUUCAAAAUUCACCAAUUUGCAAUUCCGGUCAAGGUAUUCCCGGAUCUCCCAAUUGGAAAUUUUCAUUGGCUCGUGAAGAAAAUGGGUUUAGUUUAUAAACAUUUGAGUAGUUAAUCAGUGAGGAAAACUUUGGUGUGAAUAGGAUUUUGGAAGUGAAAUAAUGGUGAGGUUUUAUUGUGAUUACUGUAAAUCUUAUUUGACACAUGAUGCCACAAGUGUUCGUAAGAACCAUUUGACUGGUAAGAACCAUGUCAAGUUUGUUUGUGACUACUAUGAAGAGGAAGCUAAAAAACUAGGAAUAUGGAAUCCAAAUAAUCUACCUUUUGAAAUAACAACAGAUAAACUAUACAGAGGAAUACCUGGAUCAGAGUCCAAACAACCCCUUGAUCUUUAUAGACUAGCAGAGACGAAAACGUUGCCGCCUCCUCCUACACUACCCAAUUUGCCUGGUCCUCCUCCAAAAGUUUUACAUGAUGUUAAAGAUGAAAAAGAAUUACUGGGGAAUAUAUUGAAGACAGUGAACUAAGAUGGUUGAGAGUGAGGGUGAGUUAUUCUAAUGAUUUGGCUAAUGAACAUUAUUUAUCUGAAUGGAGUAUGUAGCUGUUGUGUAUUUUAUUAACAACUAUACAGAAAGGUGUCAGUGAAUUGCGAUUAUCUGAGUUGUUGAUUCACUUGUUUUGAAGAGACACGAAUAUUUGAUUCGUCUUAAUGAUCAUACAAAUAAUCUUGAAUAGCUUCAUGGAUCUAGUAAUCCGUAUCUUUAUCACUAGAUCAUGUUGAUUCUCGUUUAGUAGACUACUCAUCUGACCAAAGAUCGUGAAUUCCACCAAUACCUUACAACAAAAACAUGAAACAUUCUCUCUAUCAAACCACUAGUAAAUAUCAACUAAAAAAUUACAAUAAACACUCUUCAACUAUUAAAAUCACUUUCAAAUAUAAUGAAAUUAAUGAUGCUUUAGAAUUUUAAUC